AUGCUCCACGAGAUUCAUAAGACAGUAGUUCGAUACCUCCACUCCAACCCUUUACUCAUACCCACCCUGCCGACAAAAGAACGGUCAGCACUAGUGAAUCUCGAGGAUGAGAGAUUAGCUAAUAGGAUACCGGGAUAUUCUUAUAGAAAAUUGUCGGGGACGGACAUCCAGCUAGUUAGGAUCCUCCCGGGAGAUGACGCCGAUGGUAUCGAAUGUUUGGUUGACGAGGUACCUUUAAGCUCAAAGCCAGAAUAUCAUGCCUUGUCUUAUGUCUGGGGAGAUCCAUCAGACUUAAGAACGAUCACUCUAUAUGGCUUACCGUUUGAUAUCACUAAGAAUCUUUUUGAAGUACUACGGCAAUUCCGUCAAUUGGGUCAACGCGACGACUACUUAACGGACUACAUCUGGACCGACGCCAUCUGCAUCAGUCAAGCAGACGCCGAUGAGAAGUCCCGAGAAGUGCCACGGAUGACCGAUAUAUAUAUGUCUUCUAUGCACGUCCCUAUUUGGCUGGGGCCCUGCAGUCCCUCGACUGGUAAAAGUCAUCUUAGAAAGCUACUUCGAAAGAUGAUAUCGUAUACGAGUUUCAGCUCGAAAGCAAGCCCCUGGAAAUCAUCACCGGGCCAAAAGCGCCGACAAUAUCAAUAGAAGACGACGUAAUAGAAGAUAUAAUGCAGGAGUUUUCGUCUUUCAUGCUUUUAAUACCCGUUGAUAGCCGCG